UUUGGGCCGAGAGAGGAUUGGAUGAUGACCCUUGUUCGUGGGCGUGAACCCGUAUCAUCAAUAAACGUUAGAACACUGAAGCAGACAAACAAGGGCCUCUUGGAUUCUCAAAAACCCUAAUUUUUUCUUUAAUCCCAUCCAUUAAUACUUUCAGUGCUCUUUUCCUUUGUGUAGGAUUCUAACCUAAAACUAAGAAAACAAGAAUGAGCUAUUGCUUGAAUCACUGUGAAAAUCUCUCUUCAGCUUCAUUUUUUUCGCAGAAACGUUCGUUUCCUUCAUCCAAACACAACAAUUUCCGGAUAUUCUUCUACUCCAUCAACAAAGCAACCACCAGAAACAAGAAAUCCUCUUCUUCUUUAAGCCUCCGCUCAUGGCCAGCUCAGUUCUCCCGCUACUCCAACUCAAAGUCACGAAUUCGAGCCAACUCUGCCGACUUGAACAAUGCAGCGCUGGCUAAAACUCCAAAACUCGGGAAGAGAACUGAUAUUAAGAAAAUUUUGAUCCUCGGCGCUGGUCCCAUCGUGAUUGGGCAAGCGUGCGAGUUCGACUACUCCGGUACGCAAGCAUGCAAGGCGUUAAAGGAAGAAGGAUACGAAGUCGUUUUGAUCAACUCGAACCCGGCCACUAUCAUGACUGAUCCCGGUUUGGCUGACCGGACCUACAUUACUCCAAUGACUCCGGAGUUGGUUGAGCAAGUUCUUGAAAAGGAGCGCCCCGACUCUCUGUUGCCCACCAUGGGCGGCCAGACAGCGUUAAACCUUGCUGUUGCUUUGGCUGAGAGCGGCGCCCUUGACAAAUACGGCAUCGAAUUGAUUGGGGCGAAACUCGACGCGAUUAAAAAGGCUGAAGACAGAGAUUUGUUCAAGCAAGCAAUGAAGAACAUCGGCGUCAAAACGCCACCUUCUGGGAUUGGUAACACGCUGGAUGAAUGUAUUGCGAUUGCCAAUGAAAUUGGCGAAUUUCCAUUGAUUAUACGCCCGGCGUUCACAUUGGGUGGUACAGGAGGUGGAAUUGCUUACAAUAAAGAGGAAUUUGAGUCUAUAUGCAAGGCUGGUUUAGCUGCAAGUUUGACGUCACAAGUUUUGGUGGAGAAAUCAUUGUUGGGUUGGAAAGAAUAUGAACUUGAAGUAAUGCGUGAUUUGGCUGAUAACGUUGUUAUUAUAUGUUCAAUUGAAAAUAUUGAUCCUAUGGGCGUACACACUGGGGAUUCGAUUACGGUGGCGCCAGCUCAGACUCUGACGGAUAAAGAGUAUCAGAGGCUGAGAGACUAUUCGAUAGCCAUAAUUAGGGAGAUUGGAGUGGAGUGUGGAGGAUCAAAUGUACAGUUUGCAGUGAAUCCGGUUGAUGGAGAGGUUAUGGUUAUUGAGAUGAACCCGAGGGUGUCGAGGUCUUCUGCAUUGGCAUCUAAGGCUACUGGAUUUCCUAUAGCAAAAAUGGCUGCCAAGUUGUCAGUGGGAUACUCUUUGGACCAGAUUCCCAAUGAUAUUACUAAGAAAACGCCAGCUAGUUUUGAACCUUCUAUUGAUUACGUGGUGACAAAGAUCCCUCGCUUUGCUUUUGAGAAAUUCCCUGGUUCUCAGCCAUUACUGACAACCCAGAUGAAAUCUGUCGGAGAGGCCAUGGCUGUAGGCCGCACAUUCCAGGAAUCCUUUCAGAAAGCAGUUCGGUCCUUGGAAUGUGGGUACUCUGGUUGGGGUUGUGCGCGGCUGAAGGAACUUGACUGGGAUUGGGACCAACUCAAAUACAGCCUCCGAGUGCCUAGCCCUGAUCGCAUUCAUGCAGUAUAUGCUGCAAUGAAGAAGGGGAUGAAAGUAGAUGAGAUUUAUGAGCUGAGCUACAUUGACAGAUGGUUCCUCACUCAGCUCAAAGAGCUGAUAGAUGUGGAACAAUAUCUUCUGACUUGUAGCUUGUCUGAUCUUACGAAGGAUGAUUUUUGCGAAGUUAAACGAAGAGGUUUCAGUGACAAGCAGAUUGCUUUUGCAACUAAUUCGUCUGAGAAGGAAGUCCGGGCAAAGCGGCUCUCUUUGGGAGUUACACCAACAUACAAGCGUGUAGAUACUUGUGCUGCGGAGUUUGAGGCAAACACUCCUUAUAUGUACUCAUCCUAUGAUUUUGAGUGUGAAUCAGCCCCUACACAGAGGAAAAAGGUUUUGAUUUUAGGUGGAGGACCAAAUCGUAUUGGUCAGGGAAUUGAAUUUGACUACUGCUGUUGCCAUACAUCAUUCUCCCUUCAGGAUGCUGGAUAUGAGACAAUCAUGAUGAAUUCAAAUCCUGAGACAGUAUCCACGGAUUAUGAUACAAGUGAUCGUCUCUACUUUGAACCCCUGACAGUUGAAGAUGUAUUCAACAUAAUUGAUUUGGAAAGGCCAGAUGGCAUCAUUGUGCAGUUUGGAGGUCAAACACCUCUGAAGCUGGCUCUGCCCAUCCAGCAGUACUUAGAUGAAAACAGGCCUAAAUCUGCCAGUGGGGCUGGGUAUGUACGUAUUUGGGGUACAUCACCAGACUCCAUAGAUGCGGCUGAGGAUAGAGAGAGAUUCAAUGAAAUCCUUAAUGAGUUAAGAAUUGAACAGCCAAAAGGAGGCAUCGCCAAAAGUGAAGCCGAUGCUCUUGCCAUAGCAUCUGACAUAGGUUACCCAGUUGUUGUCCGGCCUUCAUAUGUGCUUGGUGGUCGUGCUAUGGAGAUUGUAUAUACUGAUGACAAGCUGGUGACUUACUUGGAAAAUGCUGUUAAGGUAGACCCAGAUCGUCCUGUAUUGAUUGACAAGUAUUUAUCUGAUGCUAUAGAGAUUGAUGUAGAUGCACUCGCUGAUUCACAUGGCAAUGUGGUGAUUGGUGGGAUAAUGGAGCACAUUGAGCAGGCAGGGGUUCAUUCUGGUGACUCGGCUUGCAUGAUUCCAACUAAAACUGUUUCAUCUUCUUGCUUAGACACUAUAAGGGCAUGGACUAUAAAAUUAGCAAACAGGUUAAAUGUAUGUGGACUUAUGAAUUGUCAGUAUGCCAUUACAACAUCCGGAGAUGUUUACUUACUUGAGGCAAAUCCUCGUGCUUCCCGGACUGUCCCAUUUGUGUCCAAAGCUAUUGGACAUCCACUGGCGAAGUAUGCGGCCCUUGUUAUGUCUGGGAAGUCACUUCAUGACUUAGGUUUCACUAAAGAGGUGGUCCCCAAACAUGUGUCAGUGAAGGAAGCUGUUCUACCAUUUGAGAAGUUUCAAGGUUGUGAUGUUUUGUUGGGGCCGGAAAUGAGAAGCACUGGUGAAGUAAUGGGCAUUGAUUCUUACUAUGCUAUUGCUUUUGCCAAGGCUCAAAUUGCUGCUGGACAGAAGCUACCACUUUCUGGAACAGUUUUCAUCAGCUUAAAUGACUUAACAAAGCCCCAUCUUGAGAAAAUUGCAAAAGCCUUCUUGGAGCUAGGAUUCAAGAUUGUUGCAACUUCUGGUACAGCACACUUCCUUGAAUUAAAAGGUAUCGCUGUGGAACGGGUGCUGAAGAUGCAUGAGGGGCGGCCGCAUGCUGGUGAUAUGGUUGCUAAUGGGCAAAUACAAAUGAUGGUGAUCACAAGCUCUGGUGAUGCGCUUGAUCAAAUAGACGGCCUAAAGCUGAGGAGGAUGGCUCUUGCUUACAAGGUUCCUGUAAUAACAACGGUUUCUGGAGCAUUGGCCAAUGCAGAUGCAAUUAAAAGCUUGAAGUCAAAUACUGUCAAGAUGACUGCCCUUCAGGACUUCUUUGAUGUUGAGGUAACAGCAGGUAUUAGUGAAAACUUGCAGUCAGCCUCUUCUUCUAUAUGACUUGAGUAGUUAUUUCUGCUAAGCAUCUGUAUUUCUUUCCUCUAUUUGUUGUCUUUUCCAUGUGUUUGUCUGAGACAUCUUAAGUUAUUUGUUCUUUUAUCAAUGUUUGGCUUUGUCAUCUCCCUCACCACUUAAUGUGAGCUUAUAAAAUCUAAAUAUGACGAUUGUACUGAAGGGAAUUUUGAUUGUUAAGGAAUGCAAUGUAUAUAUUCUAGAAUUAAAA